CGCAGCCCAUGCCAGCUACUUCGACGCUGUCCACUGGAGAAAGCGUCCUCCCCAGAUCCGCUUCUCCCCCAAACCAUCUCAUCUUCUUAUUCCACCCGGCCGCCAUGAUUGUUGCAGAGGAGGAGGAGGAAGGGGAUGGCAAAAUCUCGGGAGAGAAAAAAGCCGGCAAGCAAGCGAGAAGGAUGCCAUGGCAGACAUACGUUGACGAGCCGCUGCUCUGCGACAUCGACGGCCAGCGCCUCACCGCCGCCCCAUCCUUGGCCAUGAUGGCGCUGCUUGGGCACAGUCUGAGUCCUUCCCCGAGAUCAAACCUGAAGAACUUACUGCAGUAAUAAAUGACUUCGAUGAACCACGCACUUUGGCACCAACUGGAUUAUUCCAUGGUGGUACAAAGUCGCCAUGAAGGCAGCCAACGCACGCGACCUCCCUCUCUCUCACUUCCUCUCCCAUGUAAAGCGUGUCGCCAGGGGGAGAGCAACUGGCUGCACCGACAUCGUCGCGCCUCGAGGAAGGAGUGGGUGGAGGUGAAACUUGGUGGGAGGAGAAGGUGGCAGCAGAGUCCGCUGCAGUUUCUAUUUGUGAUCUGCCUUGACACUGGAGGCGGCAGAUCCAUCCAGUAGAAGUGGCUACCGGAAGGGGUGGAGGAAGAAGCCGUUGUGGACUGGCUAAGGGUCAGGUCAGGAGGAUCCACCAUGCCAGCCACCGGAAGAAGGGACCCUCUUGUGUCCCGCUUCUUCCCGAGCGUCAGCCACGCGGAUAGGCCGCUAGAAUGGGAGCUCGUGGACAAGAGCCUCUGAGGGCAGGUCAUGGACAAGGAUGCUAAUUAUUUAGGAUUUCACAUAUUAAUUGCAGUCCAUGUAUUUAGAGUUAGUCACAAUAUCAUCAUUUUAGAUCAAUGUUCCAUGUGUAGGCUGCCAUUGCUCAUCUUCCCCACAAGGUUACAUUUUUUAUUUUUGAU